AUGGGAUCCUCAAACUUUGUGUACGAUCAAGAGACGAGACACAAGGCAACGCCAGCUCAAUCGUACGUCCGAUACCGUCACGCCCGGGUGGACAGGACGGAGACGACCACCCCCCAAGCUCGGCGGGCGAACAAGGGAGGGCUCGCAACCACCCCGAACCCCAUUCAACCAAAGAGGUCUGACGCGCGCUCAGGGAUCAGCACCCGAAGCGACAACCCCCAGCCGCACGACCGCAACCGCCGCGACCAGGCCGAUGGGGCCGAGGCGAGCAACCCCAAGAACCAGCGAACUGAUCCAAGGAGGAGCCACCGCCGCCCCAAACGUCCAAUGGCCGCGACAGCCCGACGCAUGCAUCAGGGACAACACCCAGGGCACCAUCGCCCCAACCGCACGCCCACACUCCCCCCAGCAGGACCGCGGCUGACUCGCUUGUCCGGGCAACAGGUGAGUGUUCCGGGGAACACCUACCUCUCCAAGUAA